GAUUGACCUCUACCAACCAAUCCAUUAUCCGACUUCGCUGAAAUCAUUUCUCACAGGCCGGCCUCUCAUUUCGGCGCGGAAACACUCCGAGAAACGGCCGUCGCACCGGUGGCGUAGGGACUCCGGGACUUUUGUCAGGAGAGGUUUAUCUCGGUAUUAGAGACCAGGUUGGUGAUUGCAGCCAGAUAAUUCCUCUAAGCUUCAUGAGUCUGAUGGAGUAGACUUUUGUUGAAAAGAAUAGUUGGUUUUUGUAAGAUUUGCCGUCAUGGAAGCCAAAUUCUUUCGCUUUCUUAAAAUUGUUGGUGUUGGUUUCAAAGCCAGAGCUGAAUCAGAAGGUCGUCUAUUGUUUCUGAGAUUAGGCUAUAGCCACGAAGUUGAAUUGGCUGUACCUCCAGCGGUACGUGUGUUUUGCUUCAAAAACAAUACAAUUUGCUGCACAGGACUCGACAAGCACAGGGUACAUCAAUUUGCAGCUGCUAUCCGUAGUUGUAAGCCUCCAGAGGUUUACAAUGGCAAAGGCAUCAUGUACACUGAUGAAGUGAUAAAGAAGAAGCAGGGGAAGAAAAAGUAGCUGAUACGUGGUUGCCUAAGACUAGAAUGUGUCUGCCUCUAUGGCCUAAGAAUGUGCAUGACCAAAAUUAAGUCAGUAGAAGUUCAGUUCAGCGUUUAUUUAGUAGUGCAGCGUUGAUUUUCAAGCAAAUGCAAUUCAAGGCAUUGCUGCUUUUUGGGGAUUUUACCUUUUGAUGCUUGUGGGGUCCUAUUAACAGUCCCCAGUCAAAUUUUUGUGAUAUUAUGAAGCAAAAUUCUUUGGUUCGAAACCCUAGGAUUGGAAUUGGGUGUUCUUAAGCAAAAGUUUACAGCUUGGUCCUUUUUCUGUUAGUAUAUGUCCCAAAUAUUUUUACUUUUCACCUUCAUUAUGCUUUGGAUUAAUUAAACAUUGUGACUUGGCUACUUACACUUGUCACUUAUGAUUCAGAAUCUGCUGAUGAAAACGGGGCACACUUAUGGGUUCUGAAUCUUCUGAUGUUCUUGUAAAUCACUGC